GCUGGCGGCCCGGUAAAAUGAGCCGCCGUUGCUGGUGAUCGGGAUGAGGGGGGGAUUAAACCGAGCUUUCGCUGUUUCCGGAGCGCUUCGGUGCGUGAGGAGAUGAGCGUGUGGCGCUUUGAAUGAGAAAUAAACCCUGAUCUACGUGAAGCUAUGUUCCGCCGGGUUGCGUUUAUGAUGCGUUCAUGAGCCGUUGGGGAGAGGCGGGCAGCCUGCCGCUCCAGCUGCACGAGGAUGAGCUGCGUAAAAUCGAUCAUAUUCAUUAUUUGAAGCCGUGUUUGAGUUGGAGCGCCUGGUUGAGGCGGUGCAGGCCUUAAGCAGUAAGACUGGCUUCAUCCGGUCCCCGUCCUUACAUCAGCAGCAUCAUAUGAUUAGGCUGCAGUGCUGAGGAAUCACCCCCCCGACUCUGCAUCACGCUUUUUAUCGCCUGUUUUCUUGACGCUUUUGCCAACUUCUAAGGGUUUUCCUAGAACCACAUGACAAGGAGUCUUUUAUUUUCCUCGGAGUUUUUUCCUCCUCUCCCUGAGCAGGUUUUGACACAAGCUGUGGAUGUUCCCUCCUGGUCAGCUGUAAAGCGCGAGUAUUGAGGUGGGCCAGCGAUGCCGCCACCGUCCGCGACUUCCCCCGUGCCCCCGCCGGACGGCGGCUGGGGGUGGGCCGUGGUGCUCGGCUCCUUCAUUUCCAUCGGCUUCUCGUACGCUUUUCCCAAGGCCAUCACGGUGUUCUUCAAAGACAUCCAGAUCAUCUUCAAAGCCUCGUACAGUCAGAUAGCAUGGAUCUCCUCCAUCAUGCUCGCAGUCAUGUACGCUGCAGGGCCCAUCAGCAGUAUUUUAGUCAACACGUAUGGCUGCAGGCCCAUUGUAAUGAUGGGGGGUUGCCUCUGUGCCAUAGGCAUGAUUUCAGCUUCCUUCUGCAAUGACGUGUUGCAGCUAUACAUCUGUAUUGGAGUUAUCGGCGGUCUUGGACUAGCUUUCAAUCUGCAGCCAGCACUGACCAUGAUUGGCAAAUACUUCUAUAAGAAGCGUCCAAUUGCUAAUGGUCUGGCGAUGGCGGGCAGUCCCGUGUUCCUCAGCACACUGGCUCCUCUCAAUCAGUAUCUUUUCAACAAUUUUGGCUGGAGAGGCAGCUUUCUUAUCCUGGGUGGGCUGCUCUUGAACUGCUGCGUGGCUGGUUCCCUCAUGAGGCCUUUGGGACCACCACCCGGCAAGGCCAAGAAGGACGAAGAGACGGCCGCCGUCACUACCGCGACGAAAGAGAAGCUUACCGUUUGGCAAACGGUCAACAAGUACCUGGAUUUGAGUCUCUUUAAGCACCGUGGCUUUCUCAUCUACCUGUCAGGGAAUGUGAUUAUGUUCCUGGGCUUCUUCGCACCUAUUGUCUUCCUUGCAGCGUAUGCUAAAGACAUGGGAGUUGAUGAAUACUCGGCUGCCUUCCUCCUCUCCAUCCUGGCUUUUGUUGACAUGUUUGCCAGGCCAUCCAUGGGGCUGCUAGCCAACUCGCGAUGGGUCCGGCCCAAAAUCCAGUACUUCUUCAGCUUUGCUGUGCUGUACAAUGGGGUGUGCCACAUACUCUGCCCGUUGGUGGAAAGCUACACUGGUCUAGUGUUGUAUUCUGUAUUCUUUGGCUUUGCUUUCGGCAUGGUCAGCUCAGUUCUUUUUGAAACACUAAUGGAUUUGGUUGGGGCCCAGAGGUUCUCCAGUGCUGUGGGACUCACCACCAUUGUGGAGUGCUGCCCAGUCCUCAUUGGGCCACCCCUAGCAGGGAAACUGGUGGAUAUCACAAAAAACUACAAGUACAUGUAUUUUUGCUGUGGAGCUGUUGUAAUUUUAGCCAGUAUUUGGCUCUUCAUUGGAAACUUCAUUAACUACAGACUAUUGGAGCGCGAGCGGAAACAUGCCGAGAUGUAUAAACCGGCUGAUACAGAAGAUCCAGACCGAGUCCAGGAUCAGAAGGAGGCUGAUGGGGAAACCCAGGCCUCUACGGAGUUGGCCGAACUGAAUCAGAAAGAGGAGGAACCUAUGCAACGUGAAACCAACAUUUAGAAUGUUCUGUUCUGCCAGCAGUUCACCUCAACCUCUGCCACAACCUCUCAACAUCCUCAACAACGACCAAACUGAACUGCAAGCCAAGAGGUGCCUCUGGGUGUUCCACCAGGCUCUACAAGGGGGUCCUCUACACUUUUUCUAAAAAAAAAACAACUGCCAAAGCAACUACAGCGGUGAAGAAGGGUCAAAUGGAGUCGUAUCAGAUUGUCAAGAGCAUCAGCUAUGACAUUAAUACAAACAGUAACCACAGAAGAACAUGUAAAAUACUGCAUGUGAAGACACUCAGAAAAUGGUUGUGAAAACCAGUGUGUAUUUAGUGGCCACUCCACCUCAUAAACGUAUUAGCAAAGAUUCCACAGAAAAUGGCAGAUAAUUAGAAAUCAGACAAUCAACUCUGCUUAAGAAACGUCUUGUUUGCUCGGGUAUGUUCAUGUUUCCCUACAGUUGUCUGUCCCAGUAAGUUAAAUAAUUCCAGGCGGUAACAAGAAGUAUCAUUUUGUUCCGCCUCUGUUUUCCAGUACGGCACGAAUGCAGUUCCAGCAGCACCAGCGGCAAACUCAAUCCACAUGUUUAACAGAUUAUCUCUUCCCGACUUAACACAUGGUUGCAAUGAAGGAAGUUUUUGGCGGUUAGGAAAACCUUGCCGUCUUGUUCAGAUUGGUGCUCACACUGUAGUCAUGGAUGUUCUUGUAUUCCUAGACGCUGGGGUCUAUAUGUGCCCUAAAAACAAAGGCAAGAAGCAACACGAAAGUGCUCCUUUGUUCAGAUAGAGUGAGCAAUGUGGAAAAGGUUAACGAAAACCUUGUGUGCUUCUGCUUUGGAAGGACAGUGUCAGGAACAUUGAGGUUAAUAAUACUUAUUGUGUAUUUCAGUGCUGCUCACUAGGUUACUUCUCAGUCACUGCACUUGGCUUUGGACAUUUUUAGACAGUCUGCACAGAUUAGUUGUUGGUGUAUGUGAAGACAUUAUUAGAACGUCUGUCCAGAUGUCUUUUAUUAUCAUAAAAAAUAAGUAGUUUCAGAAAUGAAGAGGCUUUAAUGAUAAAUAUAUGUUUUCCAAUCUGCUUUAAACGUUUGUCCUCACGCAGUCAAAGUUGUGCAAACUGUAAAGCUGUCAAUAGUUUGAAUCAAAUGCUAUUGGGUUUGCAAAAUUAUUUAAUCGAUGCCAAACAGAAGAGGAUCUGCAGACUGGUUUGUUGCUGGGACCUAGAAAGUCUGGCUGGCCUUUCCUGGUUGCUCAGCUCCUCAGGAGUCCGAACAUCUCGAUGACGUGUCGCAAACCCCAGCGCGCUGAACGUAGUCGUCCCAUCUGCUCCCACGUGUCCAACGUCCCUGCUGCGUUUCUAUAUGGCAACUGGGCACCUUUUUAAAAAGUCCCACGUCUAUGAAUAAACAGCUUAUGUGUUCACACAGCUGGCACGUGCGUAUUACGCUGCCCUCGUCGUAAAAAACCCACACCAACGUCCCACUUUAAUACAGUCAAUGACGAUGUAAAAUGCUUCCUGUAGGACGUCUUGGGUUCAUUUACAGUAUGCUGCACUAAAAGAUAAACAGCCAUAUUUCACCCCAACAUCUUUACAGAGUUGCUGCAUUUCAAUAAAUUGAAUUACGGAUGAAUGUAAUUUCCUCUGUGGGCCUUAAUAGGGUAUUAAUGACCAAAACCGUCUGUAUAAUGGAGGCUUUUCUACACGUAGAGCCCGUAGAUAAUGGAUUCUCCCUUAUUUGAAUGCAGAUAUACAGGGAAAUGUACUUCUAGUGGUCACUUAGUCCAUUCUGUAAUGCAUUGCCUUAAAUGUAAAGAAAGCAGGGGACCUGUACAGUGAAUACUUGAUACUGUAGUAUUAUACGAAGCUUUGUGUUAAAUGUGAACUUGCAAGGAAUCUGCUGUAUUGAAAAGUGAAAGCAAUGACAUUGUUGUCUGUGUAACUAAUUUGCUAACAGCCAUGUGAGUAUGUAAAGCGUAUGUAGGAAUACUACUAUUACUACUAAUUGAAUACUAAUCCAUCUAGUGUAUUUGUUACGUGAAGUCAAAUGUACUAGAUGAACAUAUCGUAUGGAUGUCGGUGUUAUUCAAUGUUCUGACCAUUCCACGUCUUUAGUUUGUGUAAAUGUCGCCCUGUUUGGGCCUUUGGUGUGUUUUGGUGUUGAAACCUCCAGCUCAGAACGCGCGGCGUCCUGUGACAGACGUGCAAACAAAGCUAAAACCUACACAUUUCAGUAACUAAUGUGAUCUUCUUUUAAAACAGAACAAAAGCAAUGCUCUCUCUAGUCCGUUUCCAUUUUAUUAGACCUUGAAAAGUAGGAAUGCACUCGAUUCGCCAUCUCUCCGUGUCAGUAUUAGUUGUAAUUUGAUCCCUGUCGCUCGCUCACAGCUGUGAUUAAUGAACCGCAUUAAUGAUUUGGGACUGUUGACACGCCCUUCACUUCAUUAGUUGAAAGUGGGACUCCUGUAAUGUGUUACUCGCCUGAUUAUUCUCAGUGAGAGAUACCAACUGCUGUACAAUCAGUUUUCAUCAAAUAACACUGCCCCCUGCUGGUCCCAAGCACCUGCAGCCAACAGCACAGCCAAGCUUUUUUUCAGAGCUCACUUGUUUUUCACGUUUUUCAGUACCUCUUACAAAGAUUUGAUUUGAAGGGUAACACGUGUGCAGCAGCCAUUUUAUAAUUUGAUUUAUAUUUUUAUUAUGGUGAGUGCAUUGUCUAUAUAAAUAUACCUUCUUUCUACAAAUAAAACCCAAUUAUGCUGUUUUGGGAAAAAUACAGUUAUGGAGGAAAGUGAAGAUUUAUGUUUGGAGCGAAUUCAAACCAUAAUUUACUGAAUGAAAUUGAGUCCAAGGUCACAAGUCGACCUUGUGACAUUCUUCUCACUGUGAUUUGUACAGCAAAUCCAUGAAGGCUCAUGUCCAAAUGAACUGUGUGUUGUUGUUGCUCUCCAUCCUUGUUGUCAUUGUAAAAACCAAAAUGAAAUAAGUUGUAAUCAAAUGACGCUGAUAGAGGUGCCGAUUAAAUUUGACAUGCACCAAUAGCCUUAUCGGAUAAUUUUUAGUAUAAUGUAUUCUGUCUUAAUUUAUUCUUGGUGUGUUUAGAGGCUAAUUCAUUUGAAGGUUUGAGAGCAUAUUCAGGAGAGUGAACAUAUACAUAUAGUUUGUUUUAACGUCUGCAAGGCCCUAAAGGAAAGCGUCAUUACGUUUGUCGUUUAAGUGAAAAAUUGUGCCACCAUAUUUAUUAAGUUUUUCUAGAUUUGUAUCAGAAACGACAGCAGAUUGGAGUUUUAAACAUUCAAACAGUCCAAUAGUGGAGUGGACCGCUCCAGUAACGGUAACCUGUCCCUUCAUGUGUUCACCCACUCAACCACCGUCCAGUCGGCAGACUCCAACCUGUCCGGGAGUCCACGUUUCCUGGCAUCACGCUUGUGUGGACCGCGUGGAAGGCGACUUGCCGGUCGGUAACGCUAGCUCACUGUGCCUUAUUGUGCUACACUGACCAUUAUGACCAGCUUCAUCGUGAACGUGGUGAAACCUCCCUCGAGCCGUGACGUUUGUCUUCUCCUCACAUCAGUUCCACGUUUACAAAUCAUCAGUGUUUUCAGCUAUUCCAAUCUAAAAGCCACUACUGUCUGUUUUAACCCCCACGUGAACACACAUGGACACAUAAAAUCCAAAAAGGUGUAACUGAAGACUUGGUGAAAUAUAUAAUUGUAUAAUUGUGUCCAGUGUUCGGGCCGUUGCAUCCCUCCAGUAGCAGACGAGGAGGGUUUUCUCAUCAGUGCAACUGAACUGAAUGAGCAGUGUUUCCACUACCUCUGCUGAGGGAAAGCAUCACACAGAUAUAGAAGACUGAUUUAUCUUUUUGUAUUUGUAAUACUGUAUAAAGCUAUAUCCUCUCACUGUAGCCAAGACAAUAAAGGUAUAUAUCCAAAUCA